UGAUCAAAUGUAAUAAACAGGAGUUUAUGUUACAGCACCAAGCUAUCAAUAGUGACAGUUAUCAAGGAUAAGAUAAUUGAAAGAGAAGUCGUCCGUUUUUUCGGUCAGCUUUGUAAAUAGUGGUAAUUAUCUCUUGCGAUUGAGUCGUGGCUAGACUAACAAAGAGAAAUCUCACUAUUUGCUGGAGGCCUGAUCUGAAGCCUUUUAUAUUAUUACGCAAUUAGUGAACAAUUAUUAAAAUAAUGGAGAAACCAAUUUCAUCAGACAUAGUCAUCAUUGCAGGGAAUUCUCACCCAGAGCUUGCCAAUCUGAUUGCAAAUCGUUUAGGUGUGAAACCUGGUGGAUGUGCUGUGUAUCACAAAUCGAAUCGUGAGACAAUGGUGGAGAUAGGAGAUUCCGUACGAGGCAAAGAUUUGUUUUUGAUUCAAACUGGAACAAAGGAUGUAAACAAUAACAUAAUGGAGCUUCUUAUCAUGGCCUAUGCCUGUAAAACAUCAUCAGCCAAAAAUAUUGUUGGAGUAAUUCCAUAUCUACCUUAUUCCAAGCAGUGCAAAAUGCGUAAGCGUGGCUGCAUAGUAUCCAAGCUUUUAGCAAAAAUGCUGUGCACAAGCGGCCUAACUCACAUUAUCACUAUGGACCUCCAUCAAAAGGAAAUUCAAGGAUUUUUUGAUGUUCCUGUCGAUAAUCUGAGAGCUAGCCCAUUCCUGUUGCAGUAUAUUCAAGAAUCCAUUCCUGAUUAUCAUAAUUCUGUGAUCGUUGCAAGAAAUCCAGGUAGUGCAAAGAAAGCGACUAGUUAUGCAGAGAGAUUGCGUCUGGGAAUCGCAGUAAUUCACGGAGAACAAAGAGAAGCUGAAUCCGACAUGAAUGAUGGUCGUUAUUCGCCACCAGCACUAGCGUUAGCCGCUCGCACCAUGGAUGUUGGCGUAGGAGUACCUUUACAUCCAGCGAAAGAAAAGCCGCCUAUAAGUGUUGUCGGAGAUGUCGGAGGACGUAUUGCUAUUAUGGUGGAUGACAUGAUAGAUGAUGUACAAUCGUAUGUAGCAGCUGCCGAAGUGCUUAAGGAGAGAGGAGCUUAUAAAAUAUAUGUCUUAGCUACACAUGGUUUGCUCAGCUCAGACGCACCUAGGCUUAUUGAAGAGUCUCCGAUCGAUGAGGUAGUUGUAACUAAUACGGUUCCUCACGACGUGCAGAAGAUGCAAUGCCCAAAAAUCAAGACUGUUGACAUUAGUGUUCUCUUAGCAGAGGCGAUCCGACGUAUACAUAACAAAGAAUCGAUGUCCUAUCUAUUUAAAAAUGUAACUUUAGAGGAUUAGAAAUUAAAAGCAAUCGCGCAUCAAAAGUUACAUUUUAAUUAUGAAUAAAUGACAGUUGAAAGUCACAUAAAUGUCGAUGCCGGGGACCAUGUCCAGAAUACAUAUCCAUCUUUUAAUUUUCUACACUAUUUUUAUAUUUUCCCAACUUGAAAUGACAGUGAACGUAUAAACUAGUCCUUUGUGUUUAUUAGUGAUAAUUGGCUGAAUAUUUUAGCUAUAUUUUUUUGUAGUUAUUUUUUCUCUUCAUAAUCUAUAAUCUAUAACAUAAAUUAUAUUAAAAAGACCCAACUAUGAGUAUAGUCGCAGAGAUAUAGUCGUUGCAGUAUUAGGUACUGUAACACAUUUUAGGAUCCUGUAAAAUUGCAUAUAUAAAUGUGUAUGCUAUGCUUACCAGUGAUCUAGUGUUAGUUUUAAUACUGUAUGAUUAUACAUAAAGUCACUGUAUUUUAGAUCAAGACAUAAUAAAUAUAUUUCAAGAUAUAAAAA